UGUUGUGUGCUUGUGUGUGUGUCGCUUAUGGCCGUGACUCCGAUGUGAUAAGCUGUUUUGAUUCCAGCCACAAUCGUUCGGUAAAUCACGGAGGUGAUCAAGAUGUCAGCCCUCUUAGCGCAGCUCGGGGGCAACCCUUUCAACACCGUGGUGGGCCAAAAAAUAGAGCAAGCAACAGAUGCUUCCCUGGCCUCUGAAAACUGGGCUCUCAACAUGGAGAUCUGCGACAUUGUCAACGACACCGAUGAGGGACCAAAGGACGCCAUCAGGGCCCUGCGGAAACGGCUGACGCAGAACGCCGGCAAGAACUACACAGUCGUCAUGUACAGCCUCACCGUGCUGGAGACUUGCGUAAAGAAUUGCGGCCGCCGCUUUCACCUGCUGGUGGCCCAGAAGGACUUUGUCCAGGAACUGGUCAAGAUGAUUGGCCCCAAGAAUGACCCCCCCACCGCCGUUCAGGAGAAGGUCCUCAGUCUUAUACAGAGUUGGGCAGAUGCUUUCCGUGUCCAUCCGGAGAUGCAGGGGGUGGUCCAGGUAUACAGCGACCUCAAGAACAAGGGUGUCGAGUUUCCCAUGACCGACCUGGACACCAUGGCACCCAUUCACACCCCGCAGAGGAGCGUGCCGUUGACCGCAGCGCCCCCGUCGACACUGCCCGGCGUGCGUGGGGUGGCGAUGGCUCCGGCGGGGGGCCCCGUGCGCCCCCUGCCACAGCAGGCCGCCGGGAUGGUGCAGGUGGGGUCGCUGCCCCCGAGCCCCGUCACCCUGGGUCCCGAGCAGCUGGAGAAGCUGAAGCGGGAGCUGGAGGUGGUGCAGCGCAACAUGACCGUCUUCGGAGAGAUGCUCUCGGAGCUGGUGCCGGGGCAGGAGCAGCACAGCGACUGGGAGCUGCUGCAGGAGUUACAGAAGACUUGUCACGCGAUGCAGACGAGGGUGGUCGAUCUCGUAGACAAAGUGGCCAACGAGGAGGUGACCGGAGAGCUGCUGCGGCUGAACGACGACCUGAACAACCUGUUCCUCCGGUACGAGCGGUUCGAGAAGCGCAGGACUGCCAUCGUCACCGGCCAGGUGAAAGAAGGACCAGCGGCACCAGUGCCAACCGAGGGUGCCGGUGCCAACGUGGGUCCGCUGAUCGACUUGGGCGAGCCGGAAGUCACCGACGACUUCCAGAAGCUUGCCCUGGGCGUGACUGCAAGCACAGGUUCAAACCCGGCGGCCAAACCCUCGGGCGACGAGUUUGACAUGUUUGCGCAGUCGCGGCACGUCGGUCUCGAGCCGGGCAAGGCCGGGGGAAGUUCGUACGCCGACAACACCAGCGUCGACCAGCUCGGAGUUUCGCUCGGUGCGCUCGCCCAAGUCAGGGGGCAGAAGGUUGAGGCGGACGCACUGCACGAGUUUCAUAGGGAGAGGGAUUUUGACGAAAUGGAGCUGUGGUUGAAGGAGAAGCCUGUUGAGCCAGCAACAGGACAAGAGUCUAUAACCAGCACCGAGUUCGACCGGUUCCUGGCGGAACGGGCCGCCGCUGCGGAGCGUCUUCCGCCGGCUGCGUCUGCAACUUCGGGACCACUCGGACCACCCACCCCCGCACCGGUGUCCAUUGGCGGUCCUGCCAUGCCACCCGCACCACCGCCAUCUAGAAACCGUAUGGAGCGUGACGAGAAGACGGAAAACAGCCUGUUCGCCUUGUAAAGUGUUCGCGUGCCGCGUCCGGUCAUUUGGGUGGUCUCUCGGGAACCUGCCGGCUGCCAGAGGGGCUAUUGCUGUUCCAGUAAUGUAGACCACUUGCCCUUUAGUGACUCUUCCGGUGACUGUACACACGGUCCAGUACUGCGCUCCGACGCACGAUCCAGCUCACACAUCACCAGUGGCUACAAGUUAUUCUUUUGCAUGUACUGCACAGCCCACUCUGCUGUUCACAGAACUCAGCAUUCUGAUGAUGAAAUUUGAUGAUCCUGCUUGGUGAUCCAUUAACCCAACUCGCCGGCCGUUUUCGUGCAAAAUUCACUUCCCUCGUAGUUAACUCUGCUUACCUCUUGGGACUUCCUUACUAACGAUAAACGUUGCCCAGCGUCAAUGUUUCUGGUCCUAAAGCUUUUAAAUUUGGGGUGGCAAAAAUUCAAGGGUAAUACAGCUAAUAAACUCCAGUAGCAUUCAAAUUCACCCCUGUGGUAAGUUCUUCAGUGAUCCCGAUAGUUAGUUCGAACCGUGGAGUCUCCCUAGACCCAUGGAUACUCGUUCAGAUAACUGGCUAUUGUAUUUGCUUGCUGGUCUGCUGACUGGCAUCACUCAUCUUGAAUUAAUUGGGUAAUUGAAUUUAUGGUUUCUGAGUACACUUGGUUGCUGAAUGUGACCAGAGACAAAUUUGGAUCUGGGUACGAGAUUGGCUUAGUCCAGUGUGCGUUAUGUCAAGAAGGCAGUGUGCAACGGAUCUUGUGUUGCAAGUAUGUGAAGCGUAAAAUUAUCCAAUACCAAAUCUCUUUUCUGUUCCCUCUGGUACUCGCACCACCUGGUGCUGCCCAACAGUAUUUAAAGCAAGAAUGUGGAGGUAUGGAAGGUCAUGCUACUUGUUACUUGUCCGAGUUACCUUAUAGUGCUGUGGGCAGCUGGAUUUGGUAUUCUAUUUGUUCGUCCCUGAAACAUUUCCCGAAUCGGUCGGGAUCACCGGUGGAAGGUACCGAGAUGAGUUGCUAAAGGCUCGUUGGUCUUGCAUGACUACAAGGUGUACCAGACUGGAGUUUUGAAGGGGCGGGUAGCGGUAGCAGUUGUCGAGCACCACCCAAAUCGAACCCGGACAACAUGAGUGAAAGUCGUCCUCGCAUCUGUCUGUUUUUUCUCUCCCAAAACCCGUUCCGUUUUGCCGGGACAUAGUCUGCCGAUCCAAGGAGAGCAGGCCGCUUUUAGAAACGUCUGGGGCUCAAAUAAACGCGAGUCGCUCUCAAAUGCCUCCAUGCCAAUCACUGUCAUGCGCUUGGGUGGCACAACAAUUACGUGGCGUGGUUGCUCAGCAUAGCGUGAGUGAUGGCGCGUCGGAUGUCGUACGGCAAAGAAAGCUUGCAGCGGGGUACCUUGUUUACGGUUGUGUGCAUGUUUUUCAGGGCCCUCUGUUAACCGCUUUGCGCUUGAUACACCAUGUGUUGAAGUUAUUUAGCAGUGGCACGACGUCAGGAGCUGGAUAACCCCACGCUGCUCUUAAUGACCCGAGGCUCUCACUUGAGCUCCCUAAGACUCGUGCUGAGCUAUUUCCCUUUAGCUGGUUAGCUGCUUGCUGCCAUUUCCUUAACUUUUUUUAACUAAUUGGUGUUCAGGUUGUAAGCUAGGAGUGUCAGUUAUGUAAAAAAAAAUGGUUUAGUGGUCCCGUCUGCAUGCGCAGUCUGCAAACUGAAAGAUAAAUUGCGAGUUCAAAGAAUUUCGCUUCGGUGGCCGAACGUUCAGUUUUUGUGGCAAGUCGAGCAACCCCAAGUUGGGCGCCAAAUUUCGUCAUACAGUUGUCAUACAAGGUUUUUUAUUUGUCUUUUUUACUGCUGAAACAUUUUUUCUUACUGGUUACCCUUGCUGCAAACUUUAUUUCCUAAUAAAAAAGUUUCUUGAAUAUCUUAUUUAUAUAUUUACACAUAUUGUCUUUCUAAUUUUGAAAGUGGCAGAGUUACAAAGCAGUUGAUAGUAUCUGGGCCAGGGGUGGCCAAACUGCUGCUCGCAAAGCCGCAUGCAGCUCUUCGCUGGUCCAAGUGCGCCCUGCGGCUCCCUGGUAAGCUUGCCCCACUUCCCGUUCUAUGUCCCCAAAACAAAAAAAAGUUAAUUUAAAAAAAAUAUAUAUAUUCACUGUUUUGGCAGUUUUGUAUUACACUACGUGCAUACAGCUGGACUGCAUUUUAAUACAUAGAUGUGUUUAGUAACCAUGUUUCCUUUAUUGUUUUAGAAAUAAUUUUGAACCAUAUACACAUAAUGGGCAUCAAGGGUAGUGGUUGGCCAGCGAACCAUGCAUUCAUUUUUGCUUAGCGGUUAAAGAAACUCUCCGCUGCCCGGUGUUAUUUGUUGUAGUCGAGGAUUAUACAUCUCCCUUUUAAAAAGGACUGUUCCCUUCAUAUUGUUUCUUGAUAAAGGUAACCCCCCUCCCCCCCCCCCCCCCCUUUUUUUUCCUGCGGCUCUCUGAACUUUUGUAGUUUUGUCUGCGGCUGUAACCCGAUGUCACCGUGGCCACCCCUGAUCUAGACGUUGCCUGUUCGUUUGUUUUUAGUCAAUUGUGGCCUGCUUUUCUGAAGAAUUAAUUAUUAUCAUGUUAAUGGAUGACCUUGCAAGAUUUCUAUGCUAGCCGAGGCUCCGGCCACACAAACAGAUUUAGGUAGGUCAGGCUUGGGGGGGGGGGGGUAGGCAGGCAUUUUGCAGGUGGGGGGGGGGCGUUACGGCGGAAACGGUGCCCAUAUCUAUUUUGUUGAUCCAAUAUUUGCUAUCUCACCAAAAUCUAAACUUUUGGCUAAUGUAUAUCAAUAUUUUCAUUAAAGGAAAGUUGACCUGGGGGGGGCAUAGAGAGGUCAAUCGCCCCCCCCCCCCCCCCUCCCCGAAAUUCAAUCCUGCGGCCACUUUGGUUUGCAAACACUAGAGUGAGCUUUGUCGGUGUUCAAGCAUUGCUAAUCCAAAUCUUUUGGAUUUACAUUCAGACAAUGCUGUUCCUUUGACUAGUAAAUGUUGUUCAACGGCUGGCACCAUAGGAGCCUGUUGAGACCAUUAACAAGGUGUUUCACAGGGAAAACCAGGGUUGUCAGAUUAUCUAGCAUGGGUGCAGAGUAUGUGAUGCAUUUCUCAUUUCGGCUAAAUUUGAAAGUGUUUGGUGCUACAAGUCGGCUGAAAUGAGGCUUGAAUGACAAAACUUCAUGUCAUUCCUACAACAAUUUUUUAUGCUUUUAUACUUUUUCUUAAAGUAGAGCAUUGAAGAAUUUUUUAAGUGCUCCAAUAUUGGUGUUUAACUUGGCUAAUUUAUGCAAACCUCUAGAGUUGUGGUACAGACUUUCUUUACUUACUCGCGUUUUGAGCUGUAUUUGAAUUUUGUAGAACACUUUGCGAGUUUUGAUUCUCAGAAAGUUUAGAAUGUAAUAAUAAUUAAAAUAUGAAGACUUUUUUUUUUUCACUUUGUGAACAGUAGUCACUAAACAUUGCUAUCCUCUCAAACCUUCUGAAUGACUUUGUUGCAGCACACUUCUCUGCUCCUUAAACUUCAAUCUUUAGUUCUUCUGAAGGGUAUGGCAGUGAGCCCAGUUGAUCAAUUUGUAUUUUGGUACAGGCCUUUUUGCCUCCCUAAUUUUUAUUAAAUUAUCUUCUAAAGAAUCCUGAGCAUUGUUGCAUGACCAGAGGGGACAUAUUGGUUGCUGGCCUACUCGAACUUCGAUAGAUACGACCGCGCAUUGCUGUGCUCGUGAAAUGUAUUCGAGAGUUGCCUAUUCGCCUCCUGAACAUACCUUUAUAACAGAAUUUUUUUUUUACAUUGAAGGAUAGAGAUUGUUAUAUUCUGCACACUUAUGUCUUUUGUUUUCUAGUUUGCAGGUGUGUAUGUUGUCCAACGUGCUCCACUUGUUUUUAUGCCUCUUCAACUAGAGGCACGUCAUGGUGGCCUGCUCUUUUGAGGGUGCUUGCAAGACUAUAACUUGAAAAAGGAAACAUUACCUUUCUAUCUAUUUUUUUUUUUUUUUUUUUGGACUACCUUUGGGAGUUCCUCUCACAUUCAAACAAUGCUAAUCUAUAUCCUUCAGAUUAGCAUCUAUGAGCUUUGAGAGCCUACCUUAUAUUACUUGGAAUGUACAUAUUCCAAAGUUCCGGCGCGCGAGGAAAAACAUUGCCAUGUGCGAUCUCCGUUGUUGUUUUAAAAACCGGAACUCGGCAAGUGUUUUUAUUGACGUGGUGGAUGGCUGUGUCUUUAGUUGCCAGACGGUUUGUGGUGCCGCGAGUUCAUGGUUGUGUACAUACUACGCGCAGGUGUACAAUUGUCUCGGCAUGGGUCUGAAUGGCUGUGGUUCGUGUGCGUUUAGGCUGGGUUUUCGUAGCAAGUGUUGGGGCAUCUAGUGUUUCUGGGUAGGUUGUCCAUGUUUGGAAGUUCAAAUGGUGGAGCCAUGGGUGUUUGAGAAGACGUUGUACAGUUGCUGGCAAUGGAGCGAUGCUCUUGUGCUUAGAGUGAGCAUUUUUUUUCGAGGACAUUCAUACCCGUGUAGCAGUGUUCCUGUUUGGAAAGCUUAAAACAUGUCUAUUGUGUAUAUAUAUAGAGUAACCUAAUAUUAUCCGUUAUGAUAGUGUUCCAGCAUGUUUCUGUCGAAGAAUCCGCUACAUUAUUGCUUUCUUUGUGCUCUUUUUGGGAAAGAUAUUUUAGUGAGAAAAUUAUAAGUAUUGGUUUCAUAUCGUAGGGCAUGUCGGAUUCUGGACGCCGUACUUCUUUUGCAAUGGUGGUUGCCGUCUUUAUGUAUUAGGUGCCUAUUUUUUGCGUGUAUGUUUUUAGUGCUGCAUAUCAUUGGAAGAGGUGUUGACAUCAUAUUCGCUUCUACUGAAUUUAUUUCCUCGGAUCGGUGGCUUGCAUGUGUGCAUGUUCUUUUUUUUUUUUUUUUUUUCUUAAGUUAUUUACCAGAUUAGCUGCCUCUAGCAUUCUUUGUUCAGUUGUCUUUGUCGAUGGAGAUAAUAAACUUUGAACACUCUAA